AAUAUGAAAAUAUAUCAUGUAAGCAAACUAUUCGUAACGUGAUUGGUCAAAUAUAUCAUAAGCAUGAAAAUAUAGAUAAUUCCAUACCAACAUUCACACGACCGCUUGCGCGCGCAACGUAUACUAGUUUCCAUAAUAAAAACAACUUUGGAUAUAGGUUAAUAUUUUUACGUCUGUAGUGGAGUUUAAUUGUUAAUUAUUGUCAGUUAAUUAAAUAUUAUAAAAAAAUCUAUCAAAAUGUCAAAAGCUAAAAAAUUAACUCAACAUGAGCUGCGAAAAGCUAUGAGUGACCACAAGAAGAAAACAGGAGCAGUCAAAAAAAUAGAAUCUCCGUUAGCAAAGUAUAACGAUUUAGGUCAGCUGAUGUGCGUGAUAUGUAAGUCAGUAGUCCGCAGUGAAACUGUAUGGCCUGUCCAUUUGAACUCUAAAUCCCACAAGGACAACGUAGCCGCUGCUAAAAAAUCGCUAGAAGUAAAGACAACUGUAAAUAAAGCUCCUACCAGUUCAUUCAAACGACCACCGUCACCUACUCGAUCGGAAGUUCCGACCAAAAAAGUAAAAGGAAUAUUAAAAAAUUCAGGGAAUGCUAAAAUUCCAUCCGCGUUACCUGCAGACUUCUUCGAUGCUCCAGCUGGCCGUGAAGUUGCUAGUCCAGCAGUGAAAAACUCUGAAAAAGCCGUAGUGAAUAUCAGUAAUAAUAAAACAGCUGAGUCAACGACUGUCGAGGCUGAACAGGUCCAAGAAGCGGAAUCUACCAAUUCAGCUGCUCUUCCUGAGGGAUUUUUUGAUGAUCCAAUUUUAGAUGCUAAGGUACGGAACGUAGAGUACAAAAACCCUGUUGAGGAAGAAUGGGACAGGUAUUUGAAGGAGAUCAAAGAAGAGACAACUCAAUCGGCUCAAAUCAUUGCCGAGGAUCACGAGCUGGCUACCAGUGAAAGACAGAUAAACGAAAUCGAUGAGCAGUUGGGUAAUCUGUCUAGGGUAAUGGCACUCGUAAAGUGUAAGGAAGAAAUAAUUGCUCCAAAAAAUACUGUAGAGAAAGAUGACGAAACUUCUAGCGAUGAUGACAGUGAUUUUGACGAAUUUUUAGAUUGGAGGGUUAAAAAAUCUUAUAAAUAAAUAUAAAUUUAGUGU